CCUAGAAUAAACUUCUAUCGAGGCGUAGGUAAAUUUAAAGUUUACUUGAUAAUUGUCAUUCUUCAGUGUUUGUAGAUGGUCGAUCAAUCGAGUUAACUUGUGAUCUAUUCUAAAUGAGCUCUCUGUCUGUUCUUUUUGUCUGUCAUGGAAACAUAUGUCGGUCCACUAUGGCACAGCAGUACCUUACUCAGAUGGUGCUUAAAGCGCCUGAAGACUCUUCCUUGAAGAAGUUUACAAGUAUCGACAGUUGUGGGACUGGAGACGAUGACCUUGGAAAUCAGCCGGACCCUGGAACUCAGACUGUGCUCAAAAAUCACGGGAUGCCGCCUUUGUCGCACGUAGCACGAAUGUUUGUACCUGAAACCGACAGCCAGUUUGAUUACAUCCUGUGUAUGGACAACUACGUUAUGAGAAGCGUGAAAAAGUAUCUUAGAAACACCAAGACUUCUGCGAAUAUUGAACUCCUUGGAAAAUAUGACCCUAAAGGUGUUGAAGAAGUGUUCAACCCUUGGAUGUACCCUGUUAGUGAGUUUGAGAAGGUCUAUCAACACAUAUCGAGGUCAAUAGACGAAUUUGUAAAAAGUGUAUAAUUUCAUCAAUUUAUUCGCUCAAAUCGAAAGUUUAAGUUAUUGUCUAUACGAAUUAAUUGUUUUACCAUU